CAGUAAAGGAGAGGUCACUUGCAUCGAGAGUUAUGCGAGUUCUGUCAAAAUUGUCAACCUAUUUUUCGUAUAAACUUUUCAUCCAUAAAAAGGUAAACGAAAACUAACAAAAACACACAAACAUGGCUGAAAAAGAGUCAAAUCUGGAGGAGCGCAGACUAUGGGUGGGAAAUCUGGACACACGAAUAACUGAGUUUCAACUUUUAAAAAUUUUGCAAAAAUGCGGCUCUAUCGAAAAAUUUGAUAUGCUGUUCCACAAGUCAGGUCCACAAAUUGGACAACCGCGAGGAUACGCUUUCGUAACAUAUGAUAGUGUGAAAUCAGCUAAUAUGGCUCUGACAAAGCUACAUGGGAAGCAUGUUGGUACUAAGAUGGUCGUCGUUAGACUGGCGAAAAACUUGAAUUACGAUGACAUCGAGAAGCCCAAACCAAAAAUCUCAAUACCUGUACUAGCGGCUGGAUCCUCUUCGAACGAACCAUUGAAGGUCAGCAAAGAAAUCACCAUUCAGGCCAUCGAAGCCAAAUUGAAAAUGUUGGAAUCCAAAGCCGAUGACUUCGAAAUUAAUAAGACCACAUCGGAUGAGGUGCCAUUGAUUCACAAAUAUCAGUUCAACAAAAACGCUGCCGGCGAUCUCAAGUCAAAUACAAAACAGUCCACAAAAUACAAUACGAAAACGAGAUACAAUAACCUGCACCAUAAGAGACAUAAACGAUAAGCGGAUCUGAAUUUGUGUGUUAGCAUUAGUUCAUCAAUCAUCUCGUCAUUUGACAAAACAUGUUCAUUUCCACCAAAAAUUGCUAAUUUAUUUCCACUGACAAAUUAAAAUAAAAUUGAAAAACAAAUUCGGAAAA